UAUAAUUUAUAAUUUUAGUAAAAUAUACAGCACGAUGAAGAUUAAAACUUUGCGAAAGAAUCCUUUCAGUCGUAUUAGAGAAGAAGAUGACGAAAAUCAACCGAGUACUUCGAGCAAACCUCCAGAAGUUUUGCUGCCUUCUGAUAGUAACUUUAAUCAUAUCAAAUGCAAAGCUUUGAGGUAUCAGAAAUGUCAGCAAUUAAUGAAAGAGAAAGCAAAGGCGAAGAAAGCAGCGAAAAAGACGAGGAUACAAGAGGAUGGUCCGAAACAGGUGCCACACACUAUAGAGAGCCUGCGAGAGAAGGAUGAGACUAUGAUAGUAGGCAAUCUUGAGGACGAGCACAACGAGGAGCUCAAAGUUGAAUGUGAACACGACGAGUUUGCUGCUUAUUACAAACAGGAAUAUGAACCUAAAGUCCUCAUUACAUAUGCUGACAAUCCAAACAGAAAAACCAGAAUUUUUGGCAGGGAGCUUACGCGGAUAAUACCCAACUCUAUUUCACUUUAUAGAAAUCGUUCUGGUGUUAAGAAAAUGGUCAAAAGUGCUAUUGCUAAAGAUUUUACAGACAUAAUAAUUGUUAAUGAAGAUCAAUGCAAGCCAAACGGAAUGUUGAUCAUUCAUUUGCCAGAAGGCCCCACAGCACAUUUCAAGCUCAACAAUGUUAAAAUAACAACAGAAUUGAAGCGCAAUCAUAAAGAAAUCACUGAACAUAGACCAGAAGUUAUUCUAAAUAAUUUUACCACACGUUUGGGAUUUACUAUCGGCAGAAUGCUAGGAGCCUUGUUUCAUUAUCAACCAGAGUUUAAAGGGAGGAGAGCUGUGACAUUUCACAAUCAGAGAGAUUACAUAUUUUUCAGACAUCAUAGGUAUGAAUUUAAUACAAAAACGGGAAAACCAAAAUUACGAGAAUUGGGUCCACGAUUCACUCUGAGAUUAAGAUCACUGCAGCGUGGAACAUUCGACAGCAAAUAUGGCGAAUAUGAGUGGAUCAUACAGGGACGCAGACAUAAGAUGGAGACAAGCAGAAGAAAGUUCUUUUUGUGAAUUUUAUAUAUUGGAAUUAUUUAGCAGAAAAUUGUUUUGAAAAAAAUAAAUCAUAAUUAUAUGCCAAA